AUGUCUUAUAUACCUGUUGCUUUAGAAAAAAUUUUAGAAUUAGCUCCUGUUUCAGCUAAUAGAUUUAUUACUACAUCUUUGCCUGCUGCUCCCAUUGGUGGUAAAGGUACGUUUGGAGGUACUUUAGUCGGUCAGUCACUUUUAGCUGCCUUUUACACAGUCCCUGAUGAUUUUUCGCCAGUUUCACUUCAUAGUUAUUUUAUAAGCGGUGGUAACCCUUCUGUUAUGAUACAAUACCAUGUUCAAGAUUUGAGACAUGGUAAAAAUUUCAUGCAUAAACAGGUAAAGGGAUACCAACAUGAAAAGUUAAUAUUCACUUCAAUAAUUCUAUUUUCAAAAAAAAGAUUACAUGAUUCAUUGCAUCAUUUGAAGACUAUCGAUGCUGACUCUAUGCCUUCGUUAACUAAGUUUGAACCAGCUGAUAAAUUGUUCAAAGAUAAGAUAGUUUCAAAUGCUAAAAUAUAUGAAAAAGCUUCACAAAGAUUUCAAGAUGUAUCUAACCUAAAUAAAAGCCUUAUGAACUUUAAGCAUGGUCCUGUUGAGUACAGGUUCCCAAAAAGUAUUUUCUAUUCUAAAGAAGCUAAAGAUAAGCUAGGAUACUAUGUUAAAUGCAGAGAAAAAAUCAAUAAACAUUUUUCUAGGGAACAGUUCGAUAAAAUUACACCAGAAAAUGAUCCUAGAUAUGCGUACAUAGCUUUAGCUUAUAUUUCAGAUGCUUAUUUUUUACUAACAUUACCUUCAUUUCAUGCAUUACCAUUAUUUUCUCACAAAUUUAGUGUUUCAUUGGAUCAUUCAAUUCAUUUCCAUCAAAUACCUAACAUUAGCGACUUCACGUAUUUUGAAAUAAGUAAUAUUAGUUCAAGGUCAGAUAAACAUUUAAUGGUAGGAGAAUAUUAUAAUGCAAAAACAAAGGAAAUAGUUGCGAGUGUAUCACAGGAAGGUUAUGUAAUAUACGAUGAUGAAGAAACUAUUCGAUCAAAGUUUUAA